CACUCCGCGGAUCGACUUCUCUGUGAGCAGCUUGUCAUCACUGAAGCGCACCGGCUCUCCUGCGCAGUUAGCUAGCUGAGCUCGACAGAUCAGACAGCAACGGAUUUCAUUCGUCAUCUUUGGCCAUGGCAGAUCCAAGGACGCGGCAGAUUAAAAUCAAGACGGGCAUCGUGAAGAGGCUGGUCAAAGAGGAGAUUUCAUACAUAAAAGAAUCAGAGCAGCAAGAACAGAAGAUCGAGCGCAUGAAAGCAGACGGAGGGGACGAAUACGUCAUCAAGAAACAGAUGGAGGUGUUGCAGGAGUCCAGAAUGAUGGUCCCAGACUGUCGCCGCCGUCUGCUCAUAGCCCACGCAGACCUGAGUCAGAUACUAGAAACAGAGGAGGACCUGGCUGAAUCAGAGGAGUACAAAGAGGCUAAGAGCGUAUUGGACUCAGUGAAGCUUGAAGGAUGAUUUCUGCCGGCUGUUUCUCCUCCCCGCUGGAUCCAGCGCCUUUAAAUGUCCAUUCCUUUCUUCGGGCCUCCCUCAGAACCACAGAGACCGACCGAAUCCAAAGUUUUCUGCUCCCGAUGUGAUUGUUGCUAACCGUUUACCGCUAACACGCCACCACGUUUGUUCAGCUCCACCUGCCCGUAAAUCCCACAAGAACGCAGGGAAACAUUUGGCUCGUUAGCACGAAGCGUUGACGGCAGGGUUGCUGAGCGCUGUCAAUGUUAUGUCCUUUACCUUUCUGCAAGACAGUUUAUUGGUUUGAAGAAUUUAUCUGAUUUUUUUUUACGUAGAAUCCAGGUUGUUGUUGGCUCAGAUUUCUGAUUUUUGACUCUUAAUCAGCCUUUUUGUUUCUUGAUAAAUUGUAAUGAAAUGGUAAGGAAUGCACUGUCAUAGUUCCCGUUUCUUUUCCAUUGAUGCGUCCUCUUAGCGAAGCAGUUGGAGGUUUUUAUUGCAUGCCUGCACCUGCGGGUGUCCCUGUUAACCACACUGAACUGGAUUGUUUCUGGACGCGUACAAUAAAGACGAGCACUUUGGGAAACCCUGUCAGUCA